CAUUUGAUUCGUGUGAAGCCAAGGACGACGAUAAGGAUGAUGCUGCCUGCUGCUGCGCGUCGCGCCGCCCCGCGCCUCAUGGGCCUCAAGCACGGACUGCCGACGAUGCACCUGCUGCCCGCGAUGCACUUUCACAGCUCGACGCCGAUGCGGAAGCGCGACUUUUACGAGGUCCUCGGCGUCGCGUCGGGCGCGUCCAAGAACGAGAUCAAGAAAAAGUACUACGAGCUCGCCAAGAAGUUCCACCCGGAUACGAACAAGGACGACCCAAACGCGGCCAAGAAGUUCGCCGAGGCCACCGAGGCCUGGGAGGUCCUCGGCGACGACGACAAGCGCCAAAAGUACGAUACGUUUGGCCACGCGGGCGUUGACCCGAACGCCGGUGGCGGCGACGGCUUCCAUGGCGGCGGCUUUGAAGACAUCUUUGCGUCCAUGUUUGGCCACCAGGCAGGCGGUCGCCGCAGCGGUCGUCCGCAGCCGCAACGCGGCGCCGACGUCCAAGUCAACUGCCACGUCUCGUUCAUGGAGGCGGUCAAUGGUACCACGCGCGAUCUCAACCUCAACACAGACGUGACCUGCGAACCGUGCGACGGCAGCGGCGCCAAGCCCGGUACGAGCAAGCGCAAGUGCAAGAGCUGCGGCGGCUCGGGUGUCGAGAUCCUCCAGCAAGGCUUCUUUGCCGUCGAGCAGCCCUGCCGUCGGUGCCGAGGCGAAGGCUUUAUCAUCGAGACCCCGUGCACGAGCUGCCGCGGCCGUGGCAAGGUCAAGAAGGCGCGCACGGUCGAAGUCAAGAUCCCAGAGGGCGUCGACAAUGGCAUGAACCUGCGCCUCGCGCACCAGGGCGAAGCCGGCAGCAAGGGCGGUCCGUCGGGCCAUCUCUACGUCUCGAUCUCGGUGGCGAGCGACCCGUUCUUCAAGCGCAACAAGACCGACGUGCACUGCGAGGUGCCCAUCUCGGUCGCCCAGGCCAUCCUCGGCGGCUCAAUCGUCGUGCCCACGUUGACGGGCCAGGUCGAAAUGACGAUCCCCAAGGGGACGCAGUCGGGCACGACGCUCAAGAUGCGCGGCAAGGGCAUCAAGGAGCUCAACUCGUCGCGCCGCGGGUCGCAGCUCGUGACGAUGAACGUGCACAUCCCCGACACCCUCUCUGCGCGCCAGAAGGAGCUCAUGGAAGAGUUUGCCAAGGAAGAGCAGCUGCGUAGCGAAGCCGGCGAGUCGUCGUGCAAGACGCACACGUUUGCCGAGACGGUGCAAAAGACAGUCGAUCGCAUCAAGGCGUUCCUCAAGCCCAAGGACGACGACGAGAAGGCGUGAGGCGGCGGCUGCAGCAGAUCAUCAUCGUAUACUGUAUGCAUGUUAACAUAGACCGAUUACAAGAGAAAGAUGUCGUCUUUCGGGCGCU